AGAGAGAGUCAGUACGCAGAGAGGACUCCAAUCUGCCAGAGCACAGCACUGCUCGCUUUCUUGAGAGGAGAGAGGCAGAGAACCACGAGCCUUCUCCUCCUCCUCCAUCCGUGUGAGGCUGGUACACACGUUGGCUGGUGGACACAGUAGCAGUGUUAGCAUUAGCAGGGGAUCUGUGCUCAAACUUCCAAAAUGCUCAACAACCUCAACGAAUGUGAAGACGGCGAUGGGGGACCCAACAGUCAGGGAGAUGCGACAUCCAAGGAGAGCAGCCCCUUUAUCAACAGCAGCACCAGUGACGUAGAGAAAUGCCAGCAGUAUGAUGGGAAAAACAUGGCCCUGUUUGAGGAGGAGAUGGACACCAGUCCCAUGGUAUCUUCUCUGCUGAGCAGCCUCGCCAACUACUCCAACCUGACGCAGGGCAGUAAAGAGCAUGAGGAGGCAGAAAACAACGAGGAGGCACGCAAGAAAACCGUGCAGGCUCCACGUAUGGGCACUAUCAUGGGCGUUUACCUGCCAUGUAUGCAGAACAUCCUGGGGGUGAUCCUGUUCCUCAGGAUGACCUGGUUGGUGGGCAUUGGAGGCGUCUUGGGAACUUUCACCAUUGUCUUCAUGUGCUGCUCCACGACUAUGCUGACUGCUAUCUCAAUGAGUGCUAUUGCCACCAAUGGAGUUGUGCCAGCUGGAGGUUCAUACUACAUGAUCUCUCGUUCACUGGGGCCAGAGUUUGGAGGGGCUGUUGGUAUAUGUUUCUAUCUAGGCACCACUUUUGCAGGAGCCAUGUACAUCCUGGGCUGCAUCGAAAUCCUGCUGAUCUACAUCGUGCCAGCUGCUGCCAUAUUCAAGAUGGAGGGUCUGGAGGGAGCAGAGGCCGAGGCAGCGCUGUUGAAUAACAUGCGUGUGUACGGUACCAUUGUGCUUUCCUUCAUGGCUUUAGUCGUCUUUGUCGGCGUGAAGUAUGUCAACAAGUUGGCCCUUGUGUUCCUCGCCUGCGUCAUACUCUCCAUUCUCGCUGUCUACGCUGGUGUCAUCAAGACAUCUUUUGACCCACCUGACUUUCCGGUGUGUGUGCUCGGGAACCGAACUCUUGCAUCAAAGGGAUUUGACAUUUGUGCCAAGACCAUUGAGAGAGGCAAUGCCACACUCACCACCAAGCUUUGGAGAGCCUUCUGUGACUCUGAGUUCCUGAACGCCACCUGCGAUGAGUACUUCACCAGCAACAACGUUAGUCAGAUCCAGGGAAUCCCUGGAAUCACCAGUGGCAUCCUGGCAGAAAACCUCUUCAGUACCUUUAUGGAGAAAAAUUCAAUCUUAGAGAAGCGAGGUAUACCAGCAGUGCUCGACCCUGAGGCCCCAGAAACCAACACUAACCGAUACGUCCUGACUGAUAUCACCAGCUUCUUCACCCUGCUGGUUGGCAUCUACUUCCCCUCUGUCACAGGUAUCAUGGCUGGUUCAAACCGUUCUGGUGACCUGCAGGACGCUCAGAAGUCCAUCCCAAUUGGUACCAUCCUGGCCAUCACAACCACCUCCAUCAUCUACAUGUCUAGUGUGAUUCUGUUUGGAGCCUGUGUGGACGGAGUCGUUUUGAGGGACAAAUUUGGGGAAGGUGUCGACGGUAACUUGGUUAUUGGCACCCUGGCAUGGCCCUCGCCCUGGGUCAUUGUGUUCGGUUCGUUCUUCUCCACCUGUGGGGCAGGGCUUCAGAGUUUGACAGGAGCGCCCCGUCUCCUUCAGGCUAUCGCCCGAGACGGCAUCAUUCCUUUCCUCAGGGUGUUUGGUCAUGGCAAAGCUAACGGUGAACCUACAUGGGCUCUCCUCCUGACAGCCUGCAUCUGUGAGAGUGGCAUCCUCAUCGCCUCCCUGGAUGCAGUCGCUCCCAUUCUGUCCAUGUUCUUCCUGAUGUGCUACAUGUUUGUAAAUCUGGCCUGUGCGCUGCAGACGCUCCUCAGGACCCCCAACUGGAGGCCGCGCUUUAAAUUCUACCACUGGGCUCUGUCACUCUUGGGCAUGAGCUUGUGUCUUACCCUGAUGUUCCUCUGCUCCUGGUACUACGCCAUCGUUGCCAUGGUAAUCGCCAGCUGCAUCUACAAGUACAUCGAAUUCUGCGGGGCAGAGAAAGAGUGGGGUGAUGGGAUUCGUGGCAUUUCUCUGAGUGCCGCCCGCUAUGCUCUGAUGAGGCUGGAGGAAGGUCCUCCUCACACUAAAAACUGGAGGCCCCAGAUUCUGGUGCUCAUGAGUCUGGAUGCGGAGCAGAAUGUAGAGCAGCCUCGACUGCUGUCUCUGACCAGUCAGCUGAAAGCGGGCAAAGGCUUGACCAUCGUGGGAGCGUGUGUGGAGGGCACCUACUUAAACAACCAACCACAGGCGCAGGAAGGAGACCAAUCCCUAAGGAAGCUGAUGGAGGUCGAGAAGGUGAAGGGAUUCAGUCAGGUUGUGAUCUCUUCUAACCUGCGGGACGCCACCUCACACCUGAUCCAGGCUGGUGGUCUAGGCGGCCUCCGUCACAACACGGUUCUGGUCAGCUACCCUAAGAACUGGAAACAGGCUGAGGAGCACCACCGUUGCAGGAACUUCAUUGAGGUUGUUAGGGAGACCACUGCAGCUCGCUUGGCCUUGCUGGUGCCGAAGAACAUCUCUGCAUAUCCAUCAAACGGAGAGCGCUUCACUGAAGGCCACAUUGACGUGUGGUGGAUUGUCCAUGAUGGAGGCAUGCUCAUGCUCCUUCCCUUCCUUCUGCGCCAGCACAAGGUAUGGAGGAAGUGCAAGAUCCGUAUCUUCACUGUGGCUCAGAUGGAUGACAACAGCAUUCAGAUGAAGAAAGACCUGAUGACGUUCCUCUAUCAUCUGCGAUUUGAUGCUGAGGUGGAGGUGGUUGAAAUGCAUGAAAGCGACAUCUCGGCCUAUACCUAUGAAAAGACCCUGAUGAUGGAGCAGCGGUCGCAGAUCCUGAAGGAGAUGCACCUGACCAAGAACGAGCGUGAGAGAGAGAUUCAGAGCAUCACAGACGUGUCCCGUGGCUCUAUACGGCGAAAGAACCCUUCAAACCUGCACCCCCAGAGGAGUAUCGCCGAGGAGUCUGUGGGAGGAGGUGGUGAAGAGAAAUCUGAGGAGGAGGUUCAGCUCAUUCAAGGAAAAAAUGCCACCCCCACCCCAACUAGCCCCACCUCCCCUACCUCUCCCACACCACCGGCCAUGAGCCCCGGAGAAGAGGUGCAAAUGACCUGGACGGAUGAUACGGAGAAGCCCAAUAACCCAGCAGUGGCCAACCCUGAAAACAUAAAGGAUAUGUUCAACAUGAAACCGGAAUGGGAGAACCUGAACCAGUCCAACGUCAGACGCAUGCACCACGCACAGAAACUCAACGAAGUCAUUGUGAAGAAGUCACAAGAAGCUAAACUAGUCCUGCUAAACAUGCCUGGACCACCCAAGAACCGCACUGGAGAAGAGAACUACAUGGAGUUCCUCGAGGUCUUGACUGAGGGUCUCAACAGGGUCCUCCUCGUGCGUGGAGGUGGACGUGAGGUCAUCACUAUCUACUCUUGAGGGGCUCAGCUCGACCACCAAAUAUUCCUCACCCCUAGUCCCUAACUGCAUAGACGAAACGUCCCAGUGACCCCAACCUACACCAUGAGCAAUAACGCCCCAGCACAUAUCAGAUGACUUUGCACUACAUAGUCUAAAAAGACACCAGCUUAGUAGAUGUCAAUUCUUCCACAUGAUUAAGUUCUAUCCCUCUAUCUUUCUCUCAAUCUUCCUCUUAUUGGCUCAGUUCUCAUCUCUUAAACUCAACACAGAUCAGUAAAUGAUUGAGUUGGUCUUUUAUGACUAAUUUCCAAAAGCCCAUGUUCUCCACUGGCACCUGAUCUAACUUCUCUUUAAUUAAUAUUAUAUAUCAUAACAACACUUUUAAGGGACAGUCACACUGGAUUUUAAACAUGCAAAACAACUGUAGUUUUGGUGGGCACUUCAAAACAGUCCAUUUUAAAUGUCAAAAUGUGGCAUUUGUUCGGAUUCAUCCAGCUUUCUUUAAAAGUUUGUUUUUAUCUAAACUUGUAUCACACUGCCUUUCAAAAGUUUGGGGUUAGUAAGAUUUUAAAAUGCUUUUGAAAGUUUAUUACGCUUACCAAGGCUGCGUUUAUUUGAAAUUUUUUUUUUUUUUUUAAGUCAAAAUAAAAGUGUUAAUUUCUAUUAAAAAAUAAAUAAAUCUCUCCAACCUCAAACCUUUGCAUGGUAGUGUAUAUAGAACAAGAUUAUGAAAAAUCCCUAAACUGAGAGUUUCCUCAACAUCAAUAUGAUAUUUAAAUCCUCUAUCGGUCAAACAUUUUAUAGAUAUUCGAAUCGGCAGCUCAAAGUCCAGCAGAUUAUUAUUCUUCUAUGUUUGUUUGCAUGUGAAUGAAAGUAUGGAAGUGAAUGAAACUCAAAAUCUAGUGUGACCUUCCCUUUAUGCUUUAUAUUUUGUUCCUAAACUCUCUCUCUAUUGUUUUAUUACUUGCCAUAUAGGGUAAAUAUAGUGGAAUCUUUCUUUGUUGAAAACAAGUCUUCCAGUGUACCACGUAAAUGUCCGAGGUGUGUUUUUACACCAAGGACAGAAUUGACCAGGGUUUAAUGUGAGCCAGGUGUAAGCACUUCUGGAUCAAUGACUAUCAGCUUUGCCCUCGACCAUCUGCAUGUCCUCAGACUACAUCAGCCUUUUAAGAGUCAUAUAUACUGUACAAUAUGAGAGGGCUGGACCAUGUGUGUGUGUUUGUACAUGAGUAGUUUCAAAGGGGUUUUAUAAUAUUAGAAGAGGGUUUGAAGGCUGUGUUUCUUUCACAGCUAUAUUCUCACUUAAAAUAUCAUCAGCAGACAUGAAUUAUAUUGCUCAGUCACACACGUGUACAUACUGUGAAGAGAGUCUAAACAGAACUGCUGUAUAAUGGAAAACCCAUACGCAGCUCAAAUAUUCCAUGAAGAUAUAAUCCUGAAUAAUCUAAUUUAAUAGUAGAAUCACAUAUAUAUUAAGGGAAUGUAAAUAUAAAAGAAUUAGUAUUUAUAUUUCAAAUAUUUAUUUACAAAAAAAAAUUAUUUAUUCAUCCAGCAAUUUCUGAUUGAUUGUAAACAUGGAAAAACAUGGUAUUUACAUCUCUUGCCAAAUCACUAUAUAUAAACCGUGCCAUAUGAGAAUAAAAAAAAGCUAACAAAUUUUCACAUUUUCAUAUACAAGAAACGGAUAGUGCUGGGUCACGACAUUAAAACAUAUCAUGCGUCUGAUAUUACCAGUUACUUUAUAAAGCAGAUGCAGUUUUAUCAUCCUUUUUCACCAAAUCAAAUUUGUGAACAAAAGCAUAUUUUAACUGCAUAGUAUUUUAAAAUCAUAUCUAAUGUUUGUCAUGAAUGUUGGAAAUUUUCAUUUAUUUUUACAUUUGUAAAGACGACACUAAUUUGCUACAUUUAAGCAGCAUCUGUGAGCGACUGAUGCGGACUGUUCAAUUCACGAGCACGAGCAUAUUAUUUAGUUCAUGUGUGGUAGAAAUAGAAGAUAUUAAAAGACAUUCAUCUAAAGAACUAUUUUAUUUUUUUGUAAAAUUGCAUCAAAGAAAAGAAGGAAUAUAUUAGAUUACUAGAUAGACUAGUAAAUUAUUGUCUUGUGUAACUGUGAGACUUAAAAAAGGAAAAUAACUAACUGUAUGUUUUAAAAUUUUAAAUCAAAUUGUGCUGAGGUUGCUGCUACUGUCAUUAAAAUGUAAAUAGAUUGCACUCCCCCGAAACAUAAGACUGAAAACAAAAUAAAAAAUAAAUGCAAUAUGUAUAGAUUUUUUGCAUUUAAAUCAAAAGUGUAUUACAUUCAGACACCCAAGUUAGCUAUAAGUCAUUUUUCACAUGAUGUUUUACAGGGUUUUGGGUACUACAACUCAGAGACAGGAAGUACUUUACUUGCAAAACCUCUCAGAGUUUGUCAAAAUGCCAACAACAGUCUGUCCUAAUACUAUUCAAGCAUACCUCAUACAUUAUCAUGUCAAAGUUCACACUUGUAGUAGAAAGGUAGUGUGUAAAGGCUGUGGUGUAUAAGUUUAUAGAAGUGAUAUUUAACUAAAUUGUUGUUUGCGAAAAGAAUUUGAAUUCUAGCUAAGUACAUUUUCUUUAUUAGUAUUCUAGUUAUGCUCAGAACCAACUGAUCUUUUUUUAAUCCAAAACAGGAAUUGCAAAGUGCUACCUGUCAUAAUUCUUCCAAGUUUAUUGCUUAUGUUUCUAGCUAAAAUAAUAAUCUUAUCUAAAGGAACUUUUGCAUUACUGUAUGUUGGAAUUUACAACACAAAAGACAGGUUUGGCUUGUUUGGAGUCCUAUGCAAUUACAGUUUAGUUCUUUGAGGGUCUAAAACUACUUUCUACUGAAUUGUUUAUAGUGGUACUAUUAAGUAUUAUAGAUUGAAAUCAGAGCUUCCGUAUCUGCCAGAGUGACUUGCAGUUCGAUGAGAACUUUCCCCAUUAUUUAAAGUCAUGCAAAGGGAAACAUGCUGGGACAAUGUCGCGAUUAAGCCAUAUUGGCUGUGUGCUGUUGGAUACAGAGGUUUCACUCUGCAGCUGAUAAUGAUGAUGAUGUCCCAUUCAUCAUGAAGUAUAGAAUAUCUGAAUUGAAUUCACAUUGAUGCAAAGGGCUUUUCGAUAUCAUUUUAUCAGAUUUGUCUUAUCCUUCCCCAAGGCUGAAGACAUAAAGUGUCAUAAACCUUGUGUUGUAUAGCAUGUCAUUUCUUAUCUUCCCUUGAAGGGGCAGUAAACUCUAAAGUCACCCCAAAUUGGCCAAAGCAUAACUAGAAAUAAGCACUGUGAAAAUUCAAAGUUAGUUUCUUCCUCACAUAUCCACAUUCUUUAUUUCAUGCCCUUACUAUGGAGCACCGUUGUGGGAAACUGAAAUAAACAUCUUUAGAAUGUGUAUAGAUUAAUCAUAAUGCUUUUUAUGCAACACUGACUUGUAAGAAUCCUGCAACAAUGGUACUAGUCGACUAACAGGGCUUAUAAAAUAACCAGCGAACUGAAUUUGAAAUCGCAGGUGUCUCAGAAGGUGCUAAUGAUAUUUGUAAGUGAUUGCUGAAGCGGCGUGUAUGAAAACGCUCAAGUGCAAUAUUGAGAACGCUGACUUGUAUGGAAUGAGCUAUUUAGCCAGACUUGAAGUUAAUCGAGGGGAAAAGAAGUCGCCACGGUUGAUUUAUCAUGUUGUAUUGGGAUAUUCGCUCUAAAAAAUAAAGGUAUUGGCAUCAGUGGUUCCGUGAAGAACCUUUAAAGGAAUUAUUUGAUGAAAAUUUACUGACGAACCCUCAGGCAAUUCAAGUUGUCGAGGAGUUUGUUUCGUGUUCAGAACAGAUUUUGGAGAAAUCACUUGCUCACCAAUGGAUGCUCUGCAGUGAAUGGGUGCCAUUGGAAUGAGAGUCCAAACAGCUGAUAAAAACAUCAGAAUAAUCCACAAGUAAUCCAUACCACUCCAGUCCAUCAAUAAUACCUUCUUUUACUUUAAACCAUCACUUCUGUCCAAAAUGACUUUUAUCAAAAACUGUUUUGAACGGUUUUUGCUUGUAAACUCUGCUUGAUCUGUGCAUAUAUUUCUCUCCUGAUUCACACAAGAUGACAUUUUCACUAAAGAAAGCAAUUUUGCAGAUAAAGGUCUCAUAUUUUAGCCAAAAACAAAACAGUUUAAAGUAGAAAACACAAUAGAUUGUUGUGAUGUUUUUAUCAGCUGUUUGGGCUUAUUCUGACGGCACCCAUUCACUGCAGAGACCAUUGGUGAGCAAGUUAUUUAAUGCUAAAUUUCUCCAAAUCUGUUUGAUGAGGAAAUAAACUCAUCUACAUCUUAGAUAGCCUGAGUGUAAGUAAAUAUUCAGCAAUUUCUGGAAAAAGGUUCAUGUCAUUAAAUAUUUUUCACAUUAAUAAGAAAAAAAAGCUCUUUUGAAAGAAAUUUUGUUUGAGGAACCUAAAGUUUAAUUGCUAUGAAAACUCACUUUUGGAACCUUUAUUUUUAAGAGCAAACGAACAGAAGGGGCUUUUGCAGUUGCUUUAGAUUGACGGGAUCAUUCGUUCAGAGCUCCUGAUACAUGUUUCAGCGUGUUGGUAUUUUAACUCCAGAAAUUCACCAGUCCUCACCUCAGUCAUCGUUUCAAAUUUUAAGCAUUUAUUCUGAUUUUCUAAUGGCAAAGUACAUUUUCAGAUACUUCUGAGCUCUGAAACUUUCCCAGAAGUGCGCAAGAGUGUUUCUACACAGCCGACAUUACUAAUUUCUCCAUAGGAGGGCAGUUUGUCACUUUUUGUAUGGUAGUCAGUGUAGAUCCAAAGACAGUGAUUUGAUUGGUGAUGUGUUUUAUGUUUCCUGCUUCGGUUCUCAUGAGGAGUCAAAAUGGCGUGUGUUUGUGAGCAUGACUGUAACGGGGAAAGAGGCGGUGUGUUUCUGUUUCUUUAUGUAUACGACUGUGUGACAUAUCAUUCUGUUGGAAAAAGAGAGGUUAAACCGUGGCAGUUACUUUUUGUAAAUAUAUGACACAUUAUAGUUAUCUUAGCCUAGCUGUUUAAUUUGUGUGUCCAUGCAAGUUUAAUAUUUUAAAAAUAAAUAGAAAAUUGUGUCUCAAUUGUGUUGUAUGAAAAUAUAUUUAAACUAGAUAUCUUAAAUAAUUGUUUUAUCUUGUCAAAAGCUUCUAUGUUCUACAAAUAAUGGUUUCUCUGGACCAUUUUAUAGACUUGUCUGCACAAAAUGCAAUAAAGUUCAAGUCAUUUAUUA